AUUUGCUACUGAGUACUGAACUUUCCAUACUGUUCAUCCUUGAUCAUUGCCAUUCAACUCCUUGGGCUUGUCAUAUUUUGAAAUUUUAGUAAUUUUCCCCUCCUUUUUAUAGAGUCAAUAAAUAUGCCAAAACAAGGUAAAAGAAAGAGCUAUCGGUCCAGGUUACAGCAAAUGAGAUUGUAUGCCACUCAAAGAGCUAAUGAAGAUACAGAAAUGGGGUAUGAUACAAAGCUAAAAGUAGACACUGAAGAAAAGUAUGAUCCUACCAUGAUGCAAGAUGGUAAAAAGCAAACUGAUCAAAAUGAAGAAAAGAAUUCUAAUGAUAGUUUUCAUGACCCCGCAAAUGAAAAAGAUUUCCAUUUGACAUCACAGCAGUCAGAAACAGAUCAGCCAUCAAAAGAUGAGUGGAAAGCAAAGAGGAAAAAAGAAUCAACAAGGAACAGAAUGGCUAAGUAUAGACAAGGAAUGUUAGAUGAACAGAAAAGAGAAAGAAAAGACUUGGAUAAAAAAAGCAAACAAGACAAAAGAGAACACUUACCUGAAGAAAUCAAGGAAAACAUCAAGGCAUCGGAUCGAAAAAGAAAACAGGACAAAAGAGAACACUUACCUGAAGAAAUCAAGGAAAACAUCAAGGCAUCAGAUCGAAAAAGAAAACGGGACAAAAGAGAGCAGUUACCUGAGGAAAUCAAGGAGAACGUAAAGGCAUCAGAUCAAAAGAGAAAAAGAGACAAAAGAGAGCAGUUACCUACAGAAAUCAAGGAGAACAUAAAGGCAUCAGAUCGAAAAAGAAAACGGGACAAAAGAGAGCAGUUACCUGAAGAAAUCAAGGAGAACAUAAAGGCAUCAGAUCAAAAGAAGAAAAAAGACAAAAGAGAGCAUUUACCUAAAGAAAUCAAGGAAAACAUAAAGGCAUCAGAUCAAAAGAGAAAGAAAGAUAAAAGAGAGCAGUUACCUACAGAAAUCAAGGAGAACAUAAAGGCAUCAGAUCGAAAGAGAAAAAAAAACAAAAGAGAGCAGUUACCUAUAGAAAUCAAGGAGAACAUAAAGGCAUCAGAUCAAAAGAGAAAAAAAGACAAAAGAGAGAAGUUACCUAUAGAAAUCAAGGAGAACAUAAAGGCAUCAGAUCGAAAGAGAAAAAAAGACAAAAGAGAGCAGUUACCUGAAGAAACCAUAGAAAUCAUCCAGACAUCUGAUAGAAAAAGAAAACAAGACAAAAGAAGAAAUUUACCUGAUAAAGAAAAGAACAUUAUAAAAGCAAAAGAGCGAAAACGGCUGUCCAAUUAUCGUCAAAAUAUGCCUUCUGAUUUGAAAGACUCUGUCAGAAUAUCAAAUAGAAACAAAAAGAAAGACAUAAGAGAGCAGUUACCUGAAGGAACCAAGCAGACCAUAAAAGCAUCAGAAAGAAAGAGAAAACAGGACAAAAGAGAGCAGUUACCUGAAGAAAUCAAGAAGACCAUGAAGGCAUCUGAAAGAAAGAGAAAACAGUACAAAAGAGAACACUUACCUAAUGAGAAAAAAAAUGAAAUCAGAAGAAGGGAUCAGCAGAGAAAAUCAGAAAAUAAAAUACUAAACCUUCAAAAUCCGUAUCAGACAUUCCUUCACAAAAUCAAAUCUGGACCCUCGUUUGUAUGCAUAUGUUGUAAUCGGCUUCUCUAUGAACAGACUGUAAAUAAGAUUACCAAGAAUACUUUCAAAACAGUUGAUCCAGAUGUUUUGAAUGAGGCACUGCCAGACUGGUGUUUUGAUCAGAAAGAGAUUAGUUACAUAUGUAAAACAUGUAUUCUUUCACUACACAAGAAGAAAAUACCUGCACAAGCAACAAUAAAUGAACUUCACCUCACUGAACUCAAGGAACCUUUGAUAUCAUUAACUGAUUUUGAGGCCAGACUAGUUUCCCAAAGACUCAUAUUCAUGAAGAUACUUGCCCUACCCCGUGGAAGACAAAAAGCUAUACACGGUACUGUGGUCAAUGUUCCUGUGGAUAGUUCACAGACAUGUACUUUGUUACCCAGACUUCCCACCAACUCUGGACUCAUUCCAGUUAAACUGAAAAGAAAGCUUGAAUACAGAGGUCAUGUUGAGUUUCAGCAUAUAUCUCCAGACAGAGUAAUAUCAUCAUUACUGUUUUUGAAGGAAAACAAUGAAUUUUACAAAGAUGUUCCUGUCUUAGAAAAUUGGCAAGAUUUGGCUGCUGGAGAUAAUCCAUCAUUGUGGGAAAGACUGACAGAGCCACAUACUAAAAAGAAUGAAUCAGUGUAUGAUGACAAUGGGAAUCAUGAUCAGAGAACAGAACCACAUAAUGAGGAAGACAAUACUCAUGGUAGUGAUGGAGCUUAUGAACACAAUACAUUAGGAAAUGACAGUGAUGAAUGGUCAGGAGAGGAUGAUGAUUUGUUGAAUGCUGAAGAAAUAUCUCAAACAAGAGGCAUUGCUUAUGAUACAUGUAUUCAGCAAGAGUACAAAGGAAAUGAAAUUAUAUCAAUUGCACCUGGUGAAGGAAAAACUCCUGUGUCACUUCUGACUGAUGACAACAAUGAAGUUCUUGCCUUCCCUAAACUGUUUCCAGAUGGAAAAUUUGGAUUUGAUACAAAACGUAAAAUUAAAUUAUCACUCAGUAGAUACAUUAAUGCCAGACUUUUACAUAGAGAUGGCAGAUUUGCUCGCAACUCGGAUUAUAUUUUUUACACACAACACAUUAGAGAUCUUCAACACAUCAAUGGUUCCAUAUCUGUAGCCUUGAGGAAGGCUUCAUCUUCAAAAUUGAAUGCUGGACUUGCAAAGGAUCCAUCACACCUAUCAGCAUUGAUUUUGAAAGAUCAUGGCUACAAAUUCCUUACUCAAGUCAGAGGUUCUCCAGCAUACUUUGACAAGAUGUUGUUAGAACUACUUGCCUGUGUUAAGCAGCUGGGAUCAUUCACAUGGUUUAUUACACUCUCAGCAGCAGAUCUGCAAUGGCCAGAAGGGAUACAGAUAAUAGGAAGACAAUAUGGACACAAUUUCACAGACCAGGAUGUGAAAGACAUGACAUGGGAUGAGAGAUGCAGAUGGAUCAGACAAAAUCCAGUUACUAUUGCAAGACAUUUUGAUUAUAGACUAAAGCAGUUCAUCAAAAAUGUCCUUCUCAGUCCACAGCAGCCUGUUGGGAAAGUCACCAUGUACAUGUACAGAAUUGAGUUUCAACAGAGGGGAUCUCCCCAUGCACAUAUGGCAUUCUGGGUGGAAGGAACACCGGACUUUGAGAAUUCCACUGAUGAAGAAAUCAGAAAUUUCCACGAUCAGUAUGUCAGCUGUGAUAUACCAACAGAUGAUGAAGAGCUUUGUGAAUUGGUGAAAAAAGUUCAGAGUCAUGUACAUUCUCCUUCAUGCAGGAAACCAGGCAAAAACUGUAGAUUUUCAUUUCCCAAACCACCAACAGAUAGAACCAUUAUAAUUAAAACAGUUAAAAAGACAGAUGAAAAUCAACAAGAGCCAUCCAGUGAACCAGCCAACAUGACAGAUGCUCAAGUGAAAGAAAUACUAUCUCGUAUAUGCCAAACUGGAUGA